AACGUUACAACUAUCGCUGUAAACCCGUGCACGCCGAAAACAGUGGAGUUUUCUUCUUGAUUAUCAUUAUCCGGAAAACCCUUGAAAAUAUCCUAUAAAAACAUAGUCACAAUGACCGAGGAGAGCAAGAACCCGCAGCUGGACGACCUGCAGCGCCAGUUACUGGAUAGCCUGGCCAAAAAUGACACCAGUAGAUUCAAGCAGCUGCUGGUCACAGUGAAUAACGUGAAUUUCGUGGACGACAGCGGGAUGUCAUGUUUGGCGCACGCUAGCUUUAAAGGAAAUCGCGAGGCGGUUCAAUUGCUUCUGGAUAUGGGUGCCGAUAUAAACCUUAAUCAACAUGGAGCUGACUAUACGCCUCUGCAUUUCGCUGCUCUAUCUGGUAAUACACACGUGUGUCGGCAACUUUUGGAUGCGGGAAUCAAGCCCGGUAGCAUCAAUAGUGUCAAUAGGACUGCUGCCCAAAUGGCCGCUUUCGUAGGCAACCAUGCCUGCGUGGAGACCAUUAACAACUAUGUGACUCGCUCAAGUUUGGAGUACUACACCCAAGUGCAUGGCCAGCAAACGGAGCCACAAAUACCACCGAGUUUACUAAAAUCCUUCCAUGCCUUUGUCACCGAAAUCAAUCUGCACCCUGUAAGGAUUGCCUUAAAUGUCCAGUCACUGGGAUUGCUUAGGAUCCUCUCCAGCCUGCGUAAGACCCUGGCUUUGAUGUGCGAAAAGGAAAUGCAGAAGUCUCAUGACCUUAACGAACUGCUAGCCUUUAAAUUCCACUAUCAGGGUUGGAUUUUGGCUGAAUUGAUACGCUGCGAGGAGCAAUUCAAGGCCCAGCAUAAGGAGAAAGGCGGCGAGGAGGCAACAGAUGCCAACAAGAACGACUUUAUUGAGAUGUUCGUGAAGCGAGUGCUCAAGGAGAACAAGCUGGGCCAGCUAGACUAUGUGGAAUACACUUUGCGAGAAUGUGCCAGGGAAUUUCCAGUAAGGGAGUGCACCAUCUUCCGGCAGAUUGCAACACAAUUUGGCGCUAAGGAUGCACCACCUGCCCUGACGAUCCUGCGGAAUGCCAUCAACGGAAUGAGGGGAUUUGUGGACGAGGGAAGCUACUGCAGCACCUGCGGCGCUGAGAAGCCGGAUAAAAAGUGUUCCAAGUGCAAGGCGGUGCAGUAUUGCGAUCGGGAGUGCCAGAGACUCCAUUGGUUCAUGCACAAGAAGAGCUGCGCUCGCCUUUUGGCCCAGUCCCAAAACCAAUCGCAAUCCCAGUCGAAGGGAAACAUUGACACUGCCGAGCUUCGUGAGGAAUUGGCCAAACUGACUGCGUAAUUGGGUGCUUCAUUUUAACGCUAAUAAAUGUAAUGUAAAAACAA